CUGGGGACGGUGGUGAGGAAACUUGGUUCAAACAUCUAAAAAAAACAACCACAGCAGAAGAUGGGAACCUCUCCUACCUUUGAAGAAUAUCUGGCCGUCAAUGGCGUCCUGCACGAAUGGGCAGACUGUUACGACAGCAAAGACUGGCAGCGUCUAACGAAAUGCAUUGCCCCUACGCUUCGGGUGGACUAUCGGGAGACGAUCAACCAGAUCUGGGAAGCCAUGCCUGCGGAUGAAUUUAUCGCCAUGAUCUCACGGCCCAACUUGCUCGGCAACCCACUGCUGAAGACGCAGCACUUAAUUGGCGCUUCGCGAUGGGAAAAGAUCUCCGAUGACGAGAUCGUUGGCUAUCAUCAAAUACGCGCGGCACACCAGCGCUAUGCCGACGAAACGAAGAAGACAGUGGCGGCGAAGGGCCACGCGCACAGCGCUAACACGCAUUGGUACCGCAAGGUGGAUGGGGAAUGGAAAUUUGCAGGCCUUUCCAUUCGCGUUCUGUUCACAGAGCAUGAUUUUCAUGCUCUUUUCCAAGUUGGAGCCAAGGAGCUGGCUGACGAGGCCUGAGCGUAGAGUCCUCUGCCCUGGAGCAGCUGGUGGACGUGUCGUAGCGUACAAAACGCUCGCGAAAGCGCACGCGAUUGACUAGCGAUGUAAUUCGAUUUUCCGACUAUGACCCAUACCUCUUUUUGAAACCGGUUUACAGAGCCAAGUUUGUCUCGUGUGGGCGGCAUAUUAGCUGGCUGCUGACUUCUAGAAGGAAACGAAACCCGCUCCGACAUUCCAGCCGCACGGGGAAGCGAAGCCCGUCAGCAUACGAUGGAGCAACAGCUAUGUUUUAGCUGCCGGCGGGCCGAGUGGCUGGUGCGUUUUUGGGGUAAGUAGAAGGGACGAAGAUAAAAAAAAAGAGAUUUGCCAUGUAUAUUCGGUGAAAAUAUGUACUGCUACGAAAGUCUAAGGAAUAUGUAAAAAAGAAUGCUCAUCACGCCGUGCAAUGAAUAUGGUAUUGGUACAAAAACAAAUGCUUUUCUCCAGGUGGUCGCUUUAGUAGUGCAGCCAGUUAACGAGGGCACUGUGGAAUCGGUCGGGGGCUGAGAUCUGAGGGGCGUGGCCCAAGUCGGGGAAUUCAAUCAGCUCGCCAUUUUGAAGCUGGCUGACAACUUCUGGGCCAAGCUUAUCAAAGUGGCCAAGCUUGGCAGCAACCUCGGGUGGCGACCAUUGAGCGCCAAUAGCUGUGGCGUCCUUUCCACCAACCAUGAGCAGCGUCCUGGUCUUGAUAUCGCCAAAGUAGUGCGCAAUGGGCGAGGUCAGAACGAGAUCGACAAUGCGCGCCUGGCAUCGGAGGUAGGCCUCACGCUUGGAUCCGUUAUAAAUGUUGACAAGCAUAUUCACCCAGGUGUCGUAGGCCGGGAGCCACUGGUCGACGUAGUAGAAAUGCGACUCGUAGGCUUUGAUGCUGUUGAAUGUUGACAUGGAUUCAGAUUUGUACUGGUCGUCGACGCUGAUAUAUGGCACUCCUUUUUGGACGUAGUCUUCAAGGCCAACAGCGUCAACAAUGACCAUUUCGUCAACGGUUUCGGGGUAUUGGAGUGCGAAGCGGAAGCUUAGCAUGCCUCCGAGAGAGUGGCCGAUAACAGUGACGUUGCCGACGCCGAGCGCGUUCAGCAGGCCCCGCGAGUUCCAAGCAAGCUGGUUUAAGCUGAACUGAUACUCCAUAGGCUUGGAGCUCUUGCAGAAGCCAACCUGGUCCAAUGCGAUGACGCGGUAGCCCUUGUUUGCGAGUGUGCGGAUGGUGGUCUCCCAAGUUGGGCCGCAAAAGUUCUUGCCGUGAAAGAGGACAGCGGUCUUGCCGUUUUGCUUACAGUCGACUUUGACGUCCAUAAACGCCAUUUCAAGCUGUUGCAACUGACUUGUAAACUUGAAGAGCUUCACUGGGAAGGGAUACGUAAAGUUGGAACCAUUGAGGUCGUUGGGAAAUGGGCCAUUGUCGAUGGUUCCGUUAGCUGCCUCUCCGGCAGAGGCCAGGCCGGUUAGCGUGGCAGCCGCGGCCAGUAUAGAAGCGAAUGAUAUGCGCAUGGCGACGGUAUGAGCGAUAUGAGAGGGAUUGAGGCUGCGCAGAAGGGAAAGAAGAAGGAAGAGAGGCAAAAGAGGGGAUUUAGACCACGAGGUGACGUCGCAGAUGGUGCAGGCGUUGGGGUAGGCAAGGUGGUCA